AUGGUUGAGAAGUCACCCUUGCCGUCCGACGUACUGGUGCCCGAGCCCAAGGACGAGGAGUCCGUAGCUGUCGAUGAAGUCCCGACUCCAGAGCUCAGAGGCUUCUCUCCGGAGGAGGAGCGCUGUAUGUUGAGGAAGAUGGACUGGAACAUCGUCCCGGCUCUGGCGUUCAUGUACCUAUGCAAUUCACUAGACAGAAGCAACGUAGGCAAUGCAAAGACCGACGGCUGGGAUAAGGAUGUAGGCUUGACUGGGGACCAAUAUUUUGUCCUGGUCAUGGUAUUCUACGUGCCGUUCUGCCUGUUCGGGACACCGCUCAGCCUGGUCGUCAAAAGAUUCUCGGCUGCCCGCGUCAUACCCUUAUUGAUGCUGGGAUAUGGUGUGAUGGCUCUUUUGACCGGCAUAGCAAAGAACUUCUCCCAGAUAUUUGCCCUCCGGUGGUUCUUGGGCGCAUUCGAAUCAGCAACGCUGCCAGGGAUCGUCUACUACCUGUCGACCUUCUACAAGCGAGAUGAGCUCGCAUCUAGGAUCGGGUUUUUCUAUGGCCUCAUUGCAUUCGGAGUGUUCCAGAUCAAGAAUUCGGCAUACCGAGGCUGGCAAUAUCUGUUCUGGAUCGAAGGUCCGUAUCUUACUAGUAUCACUGCUCUUACGGGCGUCCCACCCUCGGACUUCAGGCGGCUCGACAACUGUGUUCUCCAUUUUCGCAUAUUUUUGGCUGGUAGGUUCUCCAAUUCAUCCCAAAGUCGGAUCGGUGACGAGAUUACUACAAAGCCCAGAUCACCUCGUACAGCUCGAUUCCUCACCCCCCACGAGAAGGAUAUAGCUGAAGCGCGCAUUCUUUCGGAUGCGUCCAAUGCCAUUGACGAACAGCUGAGCGUACGGCACGCAUUUGGCGCCUUCAAGGAAUGGCAAUAUGCUGUAUGGGCAUUGAUAUGUCUAUGCUUUGGCGUCCCUCAGACCAGCGUCACCAACUUCCUGCCGCAAAUUGUCGCUAGCCUGGGCUAUUCAACUGUCAAGACUAACCUGUUCACAAUUGCUCCGAAUAUUAUAGGCACUAUUGCUCUCAUCAUCUUGACUACAUCGUCUGAUCGCUUCCGUGAACGUACCAUUCACACUUGCGUAGCACUAGCCAUCAACCUUGUUGGUUUCAUCAUACUUGGGCUAGUGGAUGCAGCGUCACAUCGCCAAAUCGCGUACCUUGCAUGUUUCCUCCUCUGUAUGGGUUCGGCUGCUCCUGCGGUGCUGGUUUCCUCCUGGUACUCGAACAAUACCAUGAGCGAAAGCCGCAGAGCGGUGGUUGCCGCUGUUAUGGUUGGCAUAUCGAAUUCAGCGGGGCUCAUAUCAGCCAACGUCUUCCGGGCUGAGGACGCACCUCGAUACAUACCCGCCCUGAUAACAGCUGCUUGCUUUGGCGGAGUUGGCAUUGUGCUAGUUGCAGGGUGA